UGUCAUCAUUUUUUUUUUAACAAAUCUACUGAUCCUCCGAGAAUUAAAGGCCGGUCGAAUCGCGAUCCCAGCAAUCGAGAUCUGGCCGUUGUCACAUGGAAACCUCCCAGGCCUCCGCCGCCGACCUGUCUGGGGCCGCCGCCGAGUACCCUCGCUGGGUGAUAUUCGAUGACGGCGUUAGAUAUCGCCACGGGAAAGCGGGGCCCUGCCUCAGCCCCGCUGACUACAAGACUGUGGCGUACGCUCGCACCUCCACCGGCUACCCCGUCCACGUCUCCUUCCGCCUCGCCGCGCCGCCGGCGGUUUCGCCCCUGAACCUCCACCACGGCCUAUUGCCGGACGGGGUGCGAAUCUUCCCCAGCGUCAAUCGCGGCCCACGGCGACUCUGUACUCUUACGUCUGCACAUGGAGGACAGGCAGUACGUGAACGUCGCGACCGACUACUUCGUCUACAAUGCCGGCGACCCCUCCCGACCGCCGUCGUUGUCGCUUCUCCCCCCUUGUUACAUGAGUGAUGAGACGGGGUUCCAAAUCCAUGGCCGCCGAUCGCAGCUGAAUAUGGAUCGGGAAACAACAGGCAUCCUGCGACGCGGCGACCGGGAGUUUGUGUUGGCGGCGAUCCGUUUUAUCCAAGUUGUUGAUGAUGGCGGGGCAGGGGUGGUGGUAGCCGACCUCCGCGUGCUCCGGUCCCGCGAUCUGCACUGGAAGAUCAAGCGCCUUCGCGUCCACCACGACGUCAACAAUGGCGAGGUAACUUCUUACUGUUGCUGGGACUACUGGGGGACCGACAGGGUCAUCCCCGUCGGCGACCGUUUCUUUUACUGGGUCGACCUGUACAAGGGCAUCGUCUUCUCCGACAUGUCACAGGAGACCCCCGAGCUGAGGUUCCUGCCUCUGCCCGUGGAGCCCGUCGACCGUCGACGCGAGGACUGGGACAGGCCCGAGUCCUCCCGGAGCGUGUGCUCCACCGACGGCGGUGCCACGGUGAAGUUUGUCCAUGUCUCCCCACGCUGCUGCUGCGGAGGCCCCGGCGCCACCCAGUGCGCGCUUUCCCGCCAUGCAUUCACCGUCACCACCUGGACCCUGAGGAGGACUAAGGGCCGCGACAUGGGGUGGGAGAAGGACGCCGUGGUCGACUGCAGCGACCUCUGGGGCCUCGACGCCUACCGGCUGCUCCCUCGCCCGCCGAUGGAUUUCCCCGUCGUGAGCAUCGACGAUCCCGACGUAGUCUGCUUCCUGGUGUCCGAGCACAAGCACCUCCACCACGACGGCGAUAAGACAACAUGGGUGGCCAUGGUCGACACGAGAAGGAAGACGCUGCUCAGAACUACCAUCCUCUCCAAGGACAAACACUAUCAGGGGAAUGCUUUCCUUCCCAGCCAGGUCUCGAGCUACCUCAACACUUCGCCGGGCAGCAACAACCGUAAGCUGCCGGCAAGCGAAAGCCGGUGCGCGAAUGACACUGUCGACGUGCCACCGGCGGCGAAAAGUGUGUGGCUUCUCCUGAUCAGGACGUCUUGACGGCGCUGCUGGAGAUACCCGGGUUGACUCACGAUGAAAUGUUGAGAGCCUACGGCGUUCUUGCCUCGGACGAUCGGCGCAGGUACCAAUCUCUCGUGGCACUCCCGAUGGAUAUGAGGAAGGACUACUGCUGCAUGUUGGUCGACAUUGGGACGAGCAAGCAGUCUAAACUCCAGUGAUGAUAUGGUUAUUUCCUCUGUGUUGGCCGGUCCUAUCAUUUCUCCCGAGGCCCAGUAAAUCACUGUGCCCCUUCGAAAUUGUUCGUAUGGAUACAAUAAAUUUUGAUUGAAUCCGUCAGAUUUCGAAAAUGUGGCUACAUGAUGGUUUGCAUCUUUAGUGAUAGUUACUCCAUUUAAUCAAUACAGGAAACAGAGUACUCAGUUUUAAUCUAAUGCAAGAAUUUGAAAUGCGGUACUCCAGCUUCAGUUUAAUCAUCUUACUGUAGUUUUGUUGGUGCAGGAAAAAUUGAAACAGUUUAAUCAGCAAUACUCAGUUUCAGUUUAAUCAUCUU